AUGGUUGAAACAACGUCAAAAAGUGAUUGUGAUAAAAAUGAAGUGGUGAAAGAAAAGAUUGUUGAUGAAACAACUGAAUUUGAAGAUCUGAAUUUUCCAUGGCCAUUAAUUCGUUUGAUCAAAAGUUACAAAGAUAAUUAUCCAACAGAUUUCAAUAUCUUCCGAUAUUUCUUUUUUUCAUAUAAUUUUCAUUUAUCAAUAAUUUUGAUUUUCUCUCUGGUUUGUUUUGUAUCUGGUUGUCUUAUCAUUCAAAAUUGUUUUGAUAUCGCCGUGUUGGGUAUUGUUUUCAUCGUUCAAGGAAUAAUCGGUUUGUUGGCUGUUUUCGUUCAUCUAAUUGUGAUGAUUUAUCCAUCAACUUCAUCAACAUUAAUAAAACAUACUUCAUUGAAUGAAGCUCGUGUUUAUCGAAAUCUGAUUAUUUUGUCUCAUUUGAUAACUGCUGUUGGUAUUUUGUGCUUUUUAUUUGGUCACAUAUGGAUCAUCAGAGAGCUGAUUGGUGUUUAUACUUGGCAGUAUGAUGGAGGAAAUCUUCACAUAUUUACGAUAAUCAUGUUCAUCAUUGAAAAUCUUAUUGCUAUUUGGUUACUUUUCGUCUGCAUACAGAAGAAUUUGGAAAAUAAAAAGAAUCAUUCCAAGAAUAUUGAAGAUCAAUCGACAAAACUCGAUGAAGAUCUUUUAACAGAUGUUUAA